AUGAUUGCGUUCUACGUGUUACUGAAGGCUGACUGUCGGCAUCCAUUGCCCACCGAUUAUAAGCAAACGCUGCGCCGAUUGGACGUCGAUUUAAGGGAAUUCCUGGUUAAGGAUCGCCGCAAUCGUAACCACACAGAAAUCAUAUUGGCAUCUAGUCCAUUUGUGCGAACAACUGUUGAUCUAUCUAGACGCGUUAAAUGCGAGCCCAACGCUGAGUCAGGUUUAACCGGGCUCUCAGAAAAUCUUAUCGGUGCGCCCAUAGAGUUAACAUGCAAUGGCUAUUAUCAACAACACAUGCCUACCCCUUAUGAAUACAUCGCACAUUUUCAUGGCCAACAGGAAGCUAUGGUCUUGGCUCAAAGCAACCAAUAUAUGUCAUUUAAUAACGGCAAUAUCAUGGAAGUACAUACGGGCCGAAUAACUGAGGGUAAAUGCAAAGGGGAUGACCUAUACGUGCAGACUGUGUACACCAACGACAACCCCUUAGCCUGUAUUGACGGUCUGGUCAUUAACCAAAUAGCCAAUGGCGCUAAUCUAGAUAAACGUGGCAUUAUGGAUAUUGGCAAAAGCUGGUGGGACACUUGGUGCAAUUUUGACAAGCCAGCACCAGUGCAAAUCCCAACUCAGAAUGAACCAAAAAUGGUUCUAAUUGGAGUUACGCCAUUUGUAAACACGACGGUCGCCGAGAGCCGAAUGGCAGAGUGCGGGCAAAUGGGCGACAGUCGGGACACCAUUUAUAUUGGCGAAGAGCUAACUGAUAUACCCCUAGCCUUAACCUGUAACGGCUAUUUCCAUCAACGCAUUCCUUACAACUACACCCUAUAUGUGAAAAGUGACCAUGGUGACACGACCGAAGUGCUGGGCAUGGCCGAUAGCCAACAAACUAUGAUCAUCGUUAACGGGCGCUGUAAAGGGGACUUUCUAUACGUACACACCGUUUACGCCAAUCUUGACCCCAAGGCUUGUGUCGAGACUCCCAUACGAUCUCAACGUAUAACCCAAAUGGAUGUUAAAAUAUUUGGCAAUAAGUGUGGCACCACGUGCUCACUAUUACCACAUGAGAGAUUUAAUAGCUUUGUUACGUAUAAUCCGGGCUAUAGUAACUCCGGUCGAGAGUGA